AUGUCUUUCAUCUUUGAGUGGAUCUACAGUGGCUUCAGCAGUGUGCCCCAAUUCCUAGGACUCAACAAGAAAUCUGGAAAACUUUUAUUCUUAGGUUUAAACAAUACAGGCAAAACCAUUCUUCUUCACAUGAUCAAAGAUGACAGAUUGGGCCAACGUAUUCCAACACUACAUCUGACAUCAAAAGAGCUAACAAUUGUUGGAAUGACUUUUACAACUUUUGACCUUGGUCAGCACGAGCAAGCAUGUCGAGUUUGGAAAAAUUGUCUCCCAGCAAUGAAUGGGAUUAUCUUUCUGGUGGACUGUGCAGAUCAUUCUUGCCUUAUAGAAUCCAAAGUUGAGCUUAAUGCUUUAAUGGCUGAUGAAACAAUAUCCACUAUGCCAAUCCUUAUCUUGGGUAACAAAAUUGACAGAACAGAUACAAUCAGUGCAGAAAAACUCGGUGAGAUAUUUGGGCUUUAUGGACAGACCACAGGAAAGGGGAAUGUGACCCUGAAGCAGCUGAAUGUUCGCCCCGUGGAAGUGUUCACGUGCCGUAUGCUCCAGAGGCAAACCUACACGGAGGGUUUCUGA